GUUGGGCGUCUAUACCACCAUUUGGCGAUUCUGGCGAGACCCGAUGCUCUCCAGCAGAUCUACUACUAUUCCCGGUCUUUGACUUGCGUCAAGCGCUUUGCAGGUGCGCGCGAGUCAAUCCGGACUCUUCUAGAUCCCGUCGUUGAUCACAACGCCGCUAGUCUUCCGCACGCUCUUCCCAUCGACAUCAGCUUCAUCAAGCCCCAUGGUUUACAGUUUCUGGGACGUUCGGUCAAGGACGACAGGGCAUCGGAAGAAUUCUUAAUGGCCAAGGCCGAGUUCCUGGACAGCUUGGAUAACUAUAUCGGUCGAGUUACGGCGGAAUGGAAGGAUCGAGGCGUAUGGGUCGCCGUUACGAACAUUGCAGGUUGGUUUGACUAUGGAGUUGAUGACAAUGCUCUCCGCCAAGCUUUUCUCAUCCAGCUUUCAGAGAGAGCCAAAAAUCCACCUUCUACUGCUCCAGAAGAGAAGUCACGUACAGCAUCUGCAAUAGAGCAGCAGGACCCGAUUAAACCUUCCGUCACCCUAAGCCAGAUUCAAAAAAAGCUAGAACAGCUCGCUGCGCAACAAACAUUCAAAAAUGCCCAGCUCCUCUCUAACGCCACCUUUGCUCUCGCCCUCCGCAGGCUCGGCGACAAGAACGUUCUGUUGCACAUCAACAUCAUGCUCGCCUUUCUUACUUCCCUUUCAUCAUUCUCUUCCUGCGCAUACAUUUUUGACCUCAUCAAAGACACGCCCUGGUCCGAUCUCGUCACUUUCCUUAAUAAGUUAUUGGAAACAGAAUCUCAAUCUCACUCCCAGACGAACACUAGCAACUCAGAAAACAUCAACACCUUGCUUUCUACAGCCCUGUUUCCAGCAGACGAUGAGAGGCCAGACGAGCUGCCACUCCCCGAGGAUUACCUCACCAGAGGCUUGAUCUGGGCGCACGGAUAUUUCCCCGAGAAUUGGUUUGCCAGGGAGCGCAAUGAGGAAGAGAGAUAUCUCGAAUCGGCGAGCACCACUAGGAAUCGUAUCAGUAGGGUGCUUAGGUUGGGCUACGCGAUUGCGAAACAGAAUCGAUGGAUUUCUUACGAUGCUUCUACUUGUUCUUUCUCAGUCAUCACAUCUGCACCUUAA